AUGGAUAAACCGAAGCGUGUUUCUCCCCUUCGCCAGCUCGCCGAUAUCAUCUCAGCUUCAGUCGCGCAAAUCGACGCCGUCUUUGACAAAGCAGGUGCAGAAUACCCUUCUCUUGAUGCACCAUUCGAUCCCACUUCUCCCUCCGAGCGCCUUUCUAUGGCGCCGGAAGUUAUCCAUGCGUCUGUUUUAGCUGUUGCUGCGUGUGCCCAGUUAGGCGCAGCAGUGAAGAUCCCAGCAUUGACUCUAUAUGAUGUCGUCGGAGGGUUCCAUGUCGCGUCGGCUUUGCGUGUGGCUCUCGAAACUAAUACCGUCGAAAUCCUAAGGGAGUCCCCCGGCGGAUUGCACGCGAAGGUUAUCUCAGAGCAGAAUGGAAUGGACCCCACCAAGAUCACCCGAGUCCUGCGGCUCCUCGCAACUCAUCACGUCUUCCGAGAGGUCUCGCCUAAUGUAUUUGCCAAUAACCGUUUGUCUUCCAUGAUGGACACCUUGAAAUCUGUCGAGGCGAUCAAGGCUGACCCCGUUAAUAAACACGUAGGGACCCCUGGGAUAGGCGCAUUGGUUGAACACACCGCAGACGAGCUCUUCAAAGGGUCUGCGUAUCUCGCAGAAGUGCUUCUUGAUCCCAGGAAGUCGACUUCCGAGGAUCCGAAAGAUGCCCCGAUGAUGCUCGCGUUCAAGAGUUCGAAGCCCUCCUGGGAGUGGUACGAAGAACCAGGGAACGAAUAUCGUCUCAAACGUUUCGCAGCAGCGAUGGAAGGGACUUCGAGGGUCGAUCCCCCCAAUGCUAUUCACCUAGGGUUUAAAUGGAAAGAUUUACCGGAUGGGUCGAUCAUUGUAGACGUUGGCGGCGGAUUGGGGCAUACAACCCUGAACAUCGCUAAGGAAUACAAGCAUCUGAAGUUCAUCGUACAAGACCGGCCAGCUGUCAUUGAGCAAGCUAAACAGCACUGGAGAGAAUCCCUUCCUGCAGCGAUCACAGACGGACGUGUUGAAUUACAAGCGCACGACUUUUUCACGCCGCAGGUUGUGCAAAACGCCUCCGUUUUCUUAUGCCGCAUGAUAUGCCACGAUUACGGAAAAGCAAAGGCGACUCAGAUUCUUUCGCAUCUACGCCACGCCGCUUCACCUAACACGAAGCUUUUGCUCAUUGAGCAGAUUGUACCCUACGCCUGUGUAGUCUCAGAGGCUGCCGCGAGUACAAUCCCAGGCGUCGAACAACCACAGCCUCCAGAGCCCUUACUGGCCAACCUGGGAAAGGCCAAUGCAAUCGCGUAUCUCGGCGAUUUUCAGAUGUAUACUGGUUUGUGUGGAGAAGAGAGGACAAUCGGCACAUGGGUCGAGCUGGUGGAAGGUGCCGAGUGGAAAAUAGUCCAAGUCUUUCCGAUCCCUGGCUCUCUACAUUCUCAGAUCUUAGCCGUUCCUGUCUGA